AUGCUGUGUGAUGACGAGCAGGGGAAGCCAACCUGGGAGAGGCCCACCUGGGGAGAGGCAAACCUAGUGACCCCCCCAUUUCCCAGGAGCGAUACUCUGAAGAGACACCCGUUUGGGGGGGGUAGGCUGCACAUCCCCAACGAGGAAGCAACAGCUGGGAAGCGAAACACCUGCCCUUCGGUCGUCACUCCGGUGGUGCCACGUCAAGAUGGCCUCCUACCAAGGGUGGCCAGCAACAGAGCAAACCAGUCUCCACCCCAAUGGGCAGACAUACCCACCGAUCAGAAGAUAAGUAGUGCUCCUAUGGGUAGGGACCUACCAGGGGGGAGCAGAAUGGGGAAGGUCCCCUACGAGCAGAUUAGCCACUGCACUGAGGAAGAAAGGGCCGUUCUUGUAGACCCCUUUUUUUAUAACUGUAGGGGGGAGAAUCCCUGGGAGUGCCAGUGGAAAAAGGACACCUUUGCAGACAGCCGGAUGGGAAUGGAGAGGAACGAGCUGACGCAUGCGGAGAGGCUGUUCGCGAGUCCCUAUCGUCAUGAGGGAGAGGGGACUCGAGAGGGUCCGGGGGGGGGAAGUGCCCGCACGGAGGUUGGUGGGAGAAGCGUAGAUGGCUACCGCGUAGAUGGCUACCGCGUAGAUGGCUACCGCGUAGAUGGCUACCGCGUAGAUGGCUACCGCGGGGAUGGCUACCGCGGCGGCACUGCGUCCUUCGCCGCGCCAACCGCUAGACCUGUGCCCAUCUCCACGGGGGAGAAACCAUGGGGUGACACCCCCCUGGCUCUCUCCCUCCCCAUUUCGAAGGCAAUCAAAGGAUGCUCACCAGGCGGACAGAUACACACCAGUUGCAGCGACCCACACAGGGAGAACAAGAUCCCGAGGGAGGCCUACGCCAGGGGAGCUCCAAACGUCGGCGAAGCGAGAAACGCCCUCAAGGAUACCAACGUGAAUUUGUUAAAGUGUUUUAAGCUGAGCUUCGAGAGGGGGAGGUUCGCCCCUCUUGGGCGGGGCGCCUGCACUGGAGUGCCCACAGUUGGUAGGACCCCUGAGAGCAGGACUCCCCCCCUGAGUGGCUUCCCCCUGAGUGGCUUCCCCCUGAGGGAGGCCUCCCCGGCAGUUUCGCACAAGGGCAACCUGUUCGAGUCCGUCGAUGCGUUCUUUUACAACUUUAAGAAGAGUGGGGCCUCCCUCAGGGGGGAGUCUCGCCAGGUGGAGGAGCACGGCGGGGCGAAUGACCGGGCGAAUGACCGGGCGAAGGUAGUGGCGAAUGACCGGGCGAAGGUAGUGGCGAAUGACCGGGCGAAUGUCCGGGCGAAUGUCCGGGCGAAUGACCGGGCGAAUGUCCGGGCGAAUGUCCGGGCGAAUGACCGGGAGAAUGACCGGGAGAAUGACCGGGAGAAUGACCGGGCGAAUGACCGGGCGAAUGACCGGGAGAAUGACCGGGAGAAUACCCAUCCGGACUGCCAAUCGAAUUCCCAUGUGCGCGCCAGCUCGAGCGGCGUGGCGCAGCUGGCCAACCCGAGCGGCAGCGUCACGACCACAACUACAACGACGACGACCACCACUACGAUGGGAGCGGCGAGCGCGGCGAACGUGGUGAACGCGGCGAACGUGGUGAACGCGGCGAACGUGGUGAACGCGGCAAACGUAGCAACCGCUUCCAACGCGACCACCACCAACUGCACGAGGAGGACCGAGCCGGGGAAGGAGGGGGGCGAGGAGGAGGAAAAAGAAAAAGAAAAAGAAAAAGAGAAUGAAGAGGAAGAAGAGGAAGAAGAGGAAGAAGAAGAAGAAGAGGAAGAAGAGGAAGAAGAGGAAGAAGAAGAAGAAAACGGUGAAAAAUUAGACGAACAAAAAGAUGACCUAUUGGACGAGCAAAAAGAUGACCUAUUGGACGAGCAAAAAGAUGACCUAUUGGACGAGCAAAAAGGUGGUGAAGAAUUAGACGACCUAUUGGACGAGCAAAAAGAUGACCUAUUGGACGAGCAAAAAGGUGGUGAAGAAUUAGACGACCUAUUGGACGACUUGCCGGACGAUGGCGGGGAAGGGAUGAAGGGGAGGGAGCCCCCCCCCAGGAGGAGGGAAAAAACCAUCCUGACCAUCCAGUGGAACAUAAAAAAAAUCUCCCUGCUGUGCUCGAGCGACAGCCACUUCGUGGUCUCUCCAGAAUACAAAACGGAGACGUUAAUCAACGAGUUCUUUAUCCUCCUAAAUAUAAAUAAGGACAUGCACGUGCACCUCUUGGGGGAGAACUCCUUUGGCCUCCUCUUCUCCUACACGGGCUUCUGCGACAUUCUCUUUUCCGUCACGUGUGGAGUUUACCAGAAGAAGUUCUGCGCCUAUGACUGCUCCACGCUCCCCUGGUUUGGUUUUAACAAUUGGGGGAUUUUAAAAAACUGCAUGCAGAAUGAUAGCAUAUCUAUCACGGUAGACAUCCACGAGAUUAGGAGGAAGGACUCGCUCAAGGAGGUGUUCCUGAGCAACGUUAUAUUGUCUAUGAGGAGUAGCAAUGGGAGUUUCCACUUUAAGGAGGGCGCCUCUCCCGUAUCGCCGUCUGCGGUGGUGGAGGCGGAGGAGGAGAAGAAGAAGGAGGCACCUUCGCCCACGAUUGCUACGGCGUCUGCCACAACCGCUGCUACGACGUCUCCCUUAGAUUUGGGGCGCCACAGGAGAAGCGCCAAAUGCUUCUUCCCGCAAAGUGCGCCCGCCACAAGCGACUCCUGCAGCAGGUUUGCCCCCCCCACUGUUAAGAGGAGACACCCAGGCAGCGUGCACAUGGUAGGCAGCAAGCACAUGGCAGGCAACAUGCACAUGGCAGGAAGCAUGCACUUUGCAGGCACCCGCGCAAAUGCACCUCAGUGGGAGACCAAACAAACCAACGCGAGCAGCUGGAAUGGGAAAGUCGCAAAGCAGCAAAUGAUCAGGGCCAACAGAGAGACCAACCCUACGCAGGGAAACAAGCUACACAAAGGGAUAAAGAAAAAUUUGUACGCACAUAACCUAAUUGAUGUUUGCUCCCCUUUUGAGGAGCAUCCUGGGGGGAACUUCAUUCAGCUAUCCCAGGGGCUUCAGGAGGGCACCCUGGCCAAGUGCACCUCGGGGAGCAGCGCCCAUAGAGCAGCUCCAUGUGCUGUAAGUGGGUUUGCCAAUCAACCCUCCGUCCAGCAGGAAGGCACACCCCAGAUGAAGAAGGAGGGCCCUUUCGGAAGGGACCCCCCCCGACGGGGCCCGACAAGUGUUAAGACGUUCAUCGGUGCGUUGCCCAACGACGCGCUACCAAAUGAGGCGCUACCAAAUGAGGAACUACCAACUGAGGAGCUACCCAGCAGAGAGGGGAAACCCCGCGGGGGAGGGGCCACUCUGGAAGACCGCUUCUCCGAAAAUGGCACCCCAUGA